AUGAAAGAAAGGGAAAGUUGGAGUGCGUUCUCCCCUGAUAUCGGGACUCCCGGAAUAAAUGAGGAGAACCGCAAUCGCAGGCUGUUGGAGCCGGGCAAGAAUCAGAAGAAAAAUGUGGCAGCAAACAUAGACCCGGUGUUGGGCUAUCGUAACCCUCAUCAGCAGCGUCCUCCUGGGACUACCCACGACGUCAGUACGACACAGCCGAAAAGAGCUGUGACUCUACGCACCUCACAUCCCCAUUACCUAGCAGGUCUCGCCGAGUCAUCCACCCAUUCCUCUGAAUUGUCCACCCUCAAAAAUCCGAGUUAUCCACUCCAAAAUCUGAAACGAGACCCUUUCAGAGUUCGAACACACAUGUUGAAGGGCAAGGCUGGUCCUCUGUGUCCGAUAACGAGGCAUUCCGAAGGGACAAAGGGAACGGACUUUGCCACGGGCAAGCCUCGGAAUCGAGAGAGUGGGGGCUUGGUGGAAAGAGGACGACACCCAGCGCCGGUUAUCGGUCCGAUGCCUACCGGUCCGAUAGAUAACCGGCCGGUAACGAAACGGCUGUUGCCAAGCAUGCUGGCAACGUCAAAUACUCCCGUCAGCGACUCUCCCUCAUUCUCUGCUCGCUUUUAUCUCACCUCUCGCGACGUCGCUAGCAAUUAUCGACACCCCGCUAUCACGACCAUUCCAACAGUUCCUGCCUCGCUCUCUCAAAAUGCAUCAACCAUCCGCAAUCCCGGGAUUUCGCAGCAAGAUUCAACGCGAUGGACCCGAUCUCGCGCUCAAGAGCGGAAGACAACUCUUCUGGAGUCUAGGACGAGUGGAUGCAGGGCGUCGAAGAUAGCCCAUUUCGACUCCGGGAGCACAGAUGGGGCUUCCCAAUGUAUGUUCCCUUCCUCUGGCAUUCUGACAACCUCAGAAUCAGAUAUACGCGUCAUCAACACCGAGGAGGCUCAUGGUCUUGCACAAACCACCACGCAAGACCUUACCCGAUGUGCUCGAUCUCAUGCGCAAAAGCUGACGACGCCGCUUCUGAAGCUUGGGAAGGCUGUACGCGUGCCGGAUGAGACGAAGUUAUCGCUGAUGAAGAAUCGUUUUGGGCAGAGGGCGUCGCAAGCAACCCGUUUCGACUGGGGUAUCGCUCCCUACUCUCGAUGCUACAACUUUCGCCCAGUUUUCCCGUGCGGUUUUCCUUACGCAGACCUUGUCGUCAAAUUCUCCCCGAGUAACGAUCUGGAUUUGACUGACGGGGGGGAGUCUGUCAUCAACGAUGAACCCUUUGACCACGGAUAUGCGGAAUGGAUCGAGAGCCAACAAAACAACAACUCGCCACUGGAGGAAUCAGGUCGGGUUCGAGCUGGCAGCAGCGUCUUCGUCACUAAGCGCAUAGGCACCUAG